AUGUAUCUGAAGUGCGGGUCGCUGUUGGGGCUGCUUGCUCAGGGCCUUUACGUUUCUGCGGCAGUUCUCCCGGCGCAAGAGAAAGUCAAACGCGACAAUGAGACCAUCACCAACACCAUUCUCAGUGCCCUAUUGGCCAGCUUCUCCAGCCACGUCCCUUCUGCCUCCGAAAAUGGUAUCAAGCUUCUCGGGCAGCUACUAAGCUCCUUGAACGGGACGUACACGCUCCCUAAGACCUCCCGGGAUCCGUCUGUAAGGGAAGCCAGCCUCAACCUCGUGCGUGAGAACUUCUUGUAUGGUGCCCCUGUAGCAGGUGGGCCUGCCUAUCCCUCGGGUGAGCUUGGUGUUGCCAAGAACGUGGAGGACAUUGCGGAUAUCAUGGUCGAUCUCACGCCCGAACUUGCAUUGACCUCGACGGACGGCGUGAAGGCUGAGAAAGACAUCGCCAAGAUUUACAAUGGUGAAUGGUCAGGCGUGAUGCCUCGAGGACCCGACGCUGGCGCCAUGACAAACUACACUCAGGACUUGUUCUUCUCGAUGCAGCGUCUGUCAAACAGCCCUUACUCGGUUCGAAGGCUCCGCAAGGAUGAAAAGCUCCCAUUCACAAUUGACGACAGCACCUCCAAGGCGAUUUCUGGUAUGAGUCUCAAUCAGCUGCACGACGAGGGUCGGCUCUUCUACUCGGACCACCGUGACCAGGCGAAGUUGAAGUCGACGGGCCGCUUCGCAGCAGCCUGCGAUGCAUACUUCUACAUCAGUGCCGCUUCGGGCGACUUCCUCCCCCUGGCUAUCCGAACCAACACUGGCGCCAACUUGAUCUACACGCCUGCAGAUAGCCCGAAUGACUGGCUUCUAGCUAAGAUCAUGUACAACGUCAACGACUUUUGGUUCGCGCAAUGGAACCAUCUGGCAGCCACCCACGAGGUCGUGCAGAUUGUCUGGAUGGCGGCGAUCCGUUCGCUGAGCCGAGAGCAUCCUGUCUAUGCGAUCCUUGACCGACUCACAUAUGAGCUCUUCUCCAUCCAGGUUCUCGCAGAGGUAGGCAGCGUGUCUUUUGUCUUGUUUGAAAAGACAACCCAUCUGACAGUCCUUAAGACCAUUCUCUUCGCCCCGGGCGGCGCUGUUGACCAGCUCUUUGCAUACACGGGUCAGUCCGCCCAGAAUUUCACCACCGACCGAUACCUGCACAAGGGUGCGGGCCGGUUUCGAGCAAAUUACUUCAAGACCGACCUUCGAUCGCGUGGUCUUCUCGGCGUAUCUUGCAACGGGCCUUCCCUGAAGCACUUUCCGUUCUACGAGGAUGCCAAGGUUAUCAGCGAUGCUACCCGCGUCUUCCUUACCUCUUUCGUCCAGUCGUACUACUCUUCAGACAGCGAGGUAGCUGGUGAUGCAGAGAUCCAAGCCUGGGCUGCCCAGUGCAAUGGAGAUGCCAAGUGCAUGGACUUCCCCGCGGAGAUCACCACUACUAAGACGCUUGUCGACAUCCUCGUGCAUAUCGCUCAUCUAGGUUCCUCCGCACACCACAGCGUCAACACCAACCAACUCCUCGAGAUCUCGAGCACAUUGCCCUUUAGCACUCCUUCGCUCUACGCAGCUCCGCCAACUGCCAAGAGCGCAGACACGAACCCCGCCCAUUUCCUGCCAACUUUUGACAAGGUGGUGACGCAGCUCAUCAUGGCAUCUCUUUUCGCGCGCCCUCUGCUCGCCGGCUCCAACCGGACCAUCAUCCACAUGUUCAACGACCCGAAGAUGCUGAGCCAGAUGAACCCGCAGACGCAAGAGGCCAACGCAGUCUUUAUGAAGGCUAUGCGGGACUUCAGUGCGCAGGUGCAGGCUCGCACUUUUGAUGCUGACGGGCUCAGCCAGGGUAUGCCGUUUGUGUGGAAUGCUUUGGACCCCAAUGUGGCUCCUUACAGCUUGACCGUGUAA